CAGCCAGUCCUCCGUUUGUUCGCUCGUGAGGUACGUGAGAACGGUUGCCUUCGCAACGAGGGAGACCCACUCGCGUCGUGAGGCGAACGGAGUCAUUUCAUUCUGCGCGACUACACGACACGUCGAUACACCCCGGCGAGGAAACGCAGCCGACCAUCGCGGUCACAUUCAAAAGGUCGACGGAAACGCGCCACCGAUAGAGAGACGAUUCCCUGCGACGCCGUUUCUCGCUACGCGAAUCACUGUUGGGAUUAUAUCUGUACGCGUGAGGGUAAUUCAGGCGAAAGUUCCAGUUCAAGGAGGUGAGGACCGAUUCAAAGGGCUGGACCCAAGUACUCGGCGAAGAUGCCUGCACAGUUCGAAAGUGUCAACGCUCCUGUGACGCGGGAGCACGUGGUCACAAACGGAGUGCCGUAUCCCCUCGACAAUGACAUCGUCAUCUCAGGCAUUUCAGGUCGCCUGCCCGAGUCAGAUAAUAUCGAGGAGUUUAAGCAAAACCUGAUGAAGGGAUUAGACAUGGUCACCGACGAUGACCGCCGCUGGACGCCUGGCAUUUACGGGCUACCGCACAGAUUUGCCAAGAUCAAAGACAUCAGCACUUUUGAUGCGUCCUUCUUCGGGGUGCAUGCCAAACUAGCGGACGUAAUGGACCCGCAACUUCGCUUGCUAUUAGAAAGCACGUAUGAAGCGAUAGUUGACGCUGGUAUUAACCCAUCUACCGUAAGAGGGACACGCACCGGCGUGUUCGUCGGCGUCUCCAGCUCGGAUUCGGAGAACUUCUGGACACUAGACACGGAAAAAAUAAGCGGAUACGAACUGAUCGGGUGCUGCAGAGCCAUGUUCGCCAAUAGAAUCUCCUUCGCGUUCGACUUCACUGGGCCGAGUUACGCCUUGGACACAGCUUGCUCGUCGUCCAUGUACGCGAUGCAUCAGGCGAUCAGCGCAAUGCGCGCCGGUGACUGUGACGCUGCGAUCGUUGGUGGGCUAAAUCUCGUGCUGAAGCCCGCCAACUCAUUACAAUUUCACAGUCUGAGCAUGCUGUCCCAGGAAGGCAAGUGCAAAGUGUUCGACAGCACUGUCGACGGUUAUGCGAGAGCUGAGGCGGUGGUAGCGAUAUACCUGCAAAAGGCGAGUGACGCACGUAGGGUCUACGCCACGGUAGUCCACUCAAAAACGAACACAGACGGCAACAAGUCCGAAGGUAUCACAUACCCGAGCGGUAAUAUGCAGAAUCAACUGAUGCGUGAGGUAUACAGCGAGGCGGGCAUUAAUCCCGUAGACGUAAUUUACGUGGAAGCACAUGGUACCGGCACGAAGGUAGGCGACCCGGAGGAAAUCAACUCCAUCGACCGGCUGUUCUGUAAAGACAGAAAGACACCGUUGUUGAUUGGCUCGGUCAAGUCCAACAUGGGACACGCGGAACCUGGCAGCGGCUUGUGCGCCAUCGCCAAAGUGUUGAUUGCGAUGGAAGCUGGCGUGAUUCCUCCGAAUUUACACUUCAACACUCCGAAUCCGGAUAUACCCGCUUUGAUCGAAGGACGUAUUCGAGUAGUCGACAAAGUCACGCCGUGGAACGGCGGACUCGUGGCCAUCAACUCGUUCGGUUUCGGCGGCGCAAACGCGCACGUUCUUCUGCGUAGUAAUCCGAAACCGAAGCUGUUACCGGUGCUGGACACUACCGAAUCGUUGCCCAAGCUGAUCGCAGUAUCGGGUCGCACCGAAGAGGCCGUGCACGCAUUGUUGGACAAAGCGCGAGAACAUCGUAAGGACGAUGAGUUUCAUGCGUUGUUACAUGUGUUGCACAAUAAUGACAUACCGGGUCACAGAAUUCGCGGUUACGAGAUACUUGAGGUCGAUGGCACGCGCGAGAUGGCGAGGUACGACGAGCGACGUCCUAUCUGGUUCGUGUUCUCCGGCAUGGGCACGCAAUGGCCGGGUAUGGGCCGCGCGCUGCUCGGCAUUGAGACCUUCCAACGUAGCCUGCGACGGUGCGCGGACGCGUUAAAGCCCCACGGCCUCGACCUCAUGAACAUCAUUGUCAACGGCACCGAUGAGAAACUGAUAGAAGCCUUCAUAUCGAUCGCGGCCAUCCAGGUCGCCCUGGUCGACGUAUUGACGUCGAUAGGUAUCCAACCGGACGGUAUCGUCGGACACUCCGUUGGAGAAUUGGGCUGUGGGUACGCUGACGGCACAUUCACACCGGAGCAAACUGUCUUGGCUGCUUAUUGCAGAGGUAAGGCGAUUAUGGACACUAAACUGCAACGAGGCGCUAUGGCGGCGGUCGGUCUAAGUUGGGAGGAAGUGAAGAAGGUCUGUCCACCCGACAUCGUCCCGGCUUGCCACAAUGCCGCGGACUCAGUCACUGUUUCUGGUCCGGUCGAGUCGAUAGUGGCGUUCAUAGAGGAGCUAAAGAAUAAAAACAUCUUCGUCAAGAUGGUCAAUAGCUCCGGCUUCGCCUUCCACAGUAAAUAUAUCUCGUUAGCGGGACCAAAGCUGCGCGCCUCGCUCGACGAGAUCAUACCGAACCCAAAGCGAAGGUCGGCCAAAUGGAUCUCCAGCUCAAUACCCGAGUCCGCUUGGGGCAGUCCGCUCGCGCAGUUCAACUCGUCCGCGUAUCACGUGAACAAUCUGCUGUCGCCUGUUCUCUUCCAAGAGGCGAUCGCGCACAUUCCGGCGAACGCGAUUACGAUCGAGAUUGCGCCGCAUUGCUUGCUGCAAGCGAUUCUACGCAGAUCGUUGCCGCAGACAGUAACCAACAUCGGUCUACACAAACGCGAUCACCCGAACAACCUGACGUUCCUGUUGUCCAACGUGGGUAAACUGUACAUGGCCAGUGCGCAGCCAGACAUCGCUAAACUGUACCCUCCGGUGAGCUUUCCCGUUGGUCGCGGGACUCCUAUGAUCAGCCCUCUGAUCAAGUGGGAUCACUCCAUUACGUGGGAAGUGGCAAACUACAAGGAUAUGUCGAAUAAAUCAGGACAGACCGUCAUCCAGGUAGAUCUAUCUAACGAGAAGGACGCGUAUAUAUCGGGACAUCAGAUAGACGGACGAGUCCUCUUCCCAGCUACUGGUUACAUGCUGCUCGUGUGGAAAACGUUCGCGAAACUGCGCGGAGCCGAUUUCGAGCAGCUGCCGGUAGUGUUCGAGAACAUACACUUCCAACGCGCCACCAUCAUGCCGAAAGAGGGUCCGGUGAAGUUCGCGGUAAAUAUUUUCGAUGGCACAGGUGACUUCGAGAUUUGUGAAACUGGCACAGUCGCCGUCAGCGGGAAAAUUCGCGCGUCCAGCGAUAUCAAGAAGGAUCAGUUGAAUUUGCCACCUCUCAGUGGACAAGCCGCGCUCUCCGAAGAGACCCUGCCGUUGGACAGCAAGGAUAUUUACAAAGAACUGAGGCUGCGCGGAUACGAGUAUCGCGAUAUCUUUCAAGGGAUCAAGAGUAGCGACAACUACGGCAACGUCGGCGAGAUUCGCUGGGCCAACGAAUGGAUCUCUUACAUGGACAGCAUACUUCAGUUCAGCAUACUGUCUACCAGCUACAAGUUGAUGUACUUGCCGUCGCGUUUCCAGUACGUCGCGAUCGAUCCCAUUGGUCAUAAACAAUUAGUCAAGAAGUUACCGCAAGAUGCCGGUUUGCCAGUGUAUCAUUACAAAGACAUCAAUGUCAUAAAGUCGGGUGGUAUCGAAUUCAGAGGAGCAAAGUCGUCCUUGGCGCCGCGUCGGCAGCAGACCCAAGCUAGCCCCCUGCUCCAGCGAUACACGUUUCUACCGUAUGAAAAUCCGUCCAACUUUUCCGAAAAGGAUCCGAAGGGAAAACUGCACGCGCUAAGUGUGCUAUUGCAAAUCGUUAGCGAGAACAUAACAGCGCACAAGAUCAAAGUGGUAGAAGUCGCGGGCGAACGAGCUGCGGAAGAUCUAUUAACACCCCUCUUGCUUGAUGUACUCUACAGCGAAACUUCAAUUAACGAUGUACAUUUACAGAUAGCCGCCGUUUCACCAGAUAACUAUACGGCGAGUCUGGAUGAAAUGAAGGUGAACGUUGAGGUUGUGAUGCGAGACGUGAAGAACACACCACCCGCCCAAAAUGUUCAUCUCGUUAUAGGGGCGGACGUAUUGUCCGAUCCGUCGUAUGCCGUUCUGAAGAACCUGGCAGCUGCCUUGGAGCCCAGAGGUUUCAUUCUUCUAGAGGAGACCGGAACUCGUUUCACUCAAGUCGACUUGAAGCCCGCGCUGAAGGAAAUGGAUCUGGUGUUGGCCGCCACACAAGUUAAUUCAUCAGGAAAUACUUACGUGUUGCUGAAGAAACAGUUACAGAAACCAGAAAAACCGAUCGUCGUGCAGAUCACGGAGCGAAAUCUCUCGUGGCUGGAGAAUUUGAAAGUGGCGCUGAAGAAGUCCUCCGAGGAAAAUCAAGAAGUGUUCCUGGUGUCUCAGGACGAGGAGUUGCUCGGUUUGGUCGGACUUAUGACAUGCAUCCGGUAUGAGAGCGGCGGUGAAAACGCGCGCUACGUGUUCAUCCAGGACAAAAAUGCCCCCAAGUUCGGCUUGAAUGUGGAGUUUUACAUGAGCCAGCUGAACAAAGGACUGGUAGCAAACGUACUGAAUAGAGGAGUGUGGGGCAGCUAUCGGCAUCUACGAAUAAAUCGACAGAACAACAUACCGCACGCGCAAAGCAAGGACGCCUACGUGAACACGCUGGUCAGGGGUGACUUGAGCAGCUUAAGAUGGAUCGAAAGUUCAUUGAGUCAGCAACAACAACUCGACAAAUUGUUAUGUAGUGUAUAUUACGCGCCGUUGAAUUUCAGAGAUAUCAUGCUGGCGACUGGAAAACUGCCGCCAGACGCCUUGCCGGGAAAAAUAGCUAUGGAAGACUGUAUAUUAGGACUGGAAUUUGCCGGAAGAACUGAGGACGGCCGCAGAGUGAUGGGAAUGGUCGAGGCUCGCAGUUUGGCGACUACCUUGUUGGCUGAUCCCGGUUUUCUCUGGGAGGUGCCUGACAAGUGGACGCUGGAGCAAGCGGCGACGAUACCGGUUGCUUACUCGACCAGCUACUACGCUCUGUUCUUGCGUGGUCAGCUGAAACCGGGCGAGAGUGUAUUGAUUCACGCUGGAACCGGCGGCGUCGGCCAAGCGGCGAUCGCUAUCGCCUUGCACGCCGGUUGCACCGUCUUCACCACCGUCGGCACGUUGCAGAAGAGGCAAUACCUAAAGGAGACCUUCCCACAACUAAAUGACGAGCAUAUUGGCAAUUCCCGCGACACCAGUUUUGAGCAGAUGAUCCUUACGGAGACACAGGGACGUGGGGUCGACGUGGUGCUAAAUUCGUUGGCGGAGGAGAAAUUGCAGGCUAGCAUACGGUGUCUCGCAACGAACGGUCGUUUCCUGGAGAUCGGCAAGUACGAUAUGUCCAAUGACAGUCGCAUAGGAAUGUCGAUGUUCCUGAAGAACACGUCCUUCCACGGUAUAUUGCUGGAUAUGCUGUUCGACGAAUGCGCGGAGAAGAAGCAAGUAGUGAAGCUCGUCUCGGAAGGGAUCGCGAACGGCGCGGUGAGACCUUUACCUACGACUGUAUUCUCAGAGCAGCAGCUCGAGGAGGGAUUCAGAUACAUGGCGUCAGGCAAACAUAUCGGCAAGGUGCUGCUGAAGAUACGCGCCGAGGAGCCGAAGAAGCGCGUGCAGCCGAUGCCGAAGAUCAUUCCCGUCAUACCGCGUACUUACAUGAACCCGAAGAAGUCGUACAUACUAGUCGGUGGUCUUGGCGGCUUCGGCCUGGAACUAACGAACUGGCUGAUCGCACGCGGCGCUAAAUUCAUCGUUCUUGUGUCGCGUUCUGGCAUACGCACGGGUUAUCAGUCGCUGUGUGUACGACGCUGGCGCGAGAAUGGCGUCAAAGUCGCCAUCUCUACAGCAGACGUCACGACGUUGUCGGGCGCUAAACGUCUGUUCACCGAGAGCAACAAACUCGCACCAGUGGGCGGCGUAUUUAACUUGGCGGCCGUGUUGCGCGACGCUUUGAUCGAGAACUUGGAAGAAGUCGAUUUCAAGACAGUGAUGUCACCGAAGAUUGACGGCACGAGAUGUCUGGAUACGGUAUCGAGGAAAGCCCACGUGCCGUUGGAUUAUUUCGUCGUGUUCUCCUCUGUAUCCUGUGGCCGCGGCAAUAUAGGCCAAACUAAUUACGGUUUCGCGAAUUCAGCUAUGGAGAGAAUGAUGGAGGAUAGACAGAGGAACGGCUUCAAAGGCACUGCGAUCCAGUGGGGCGCGGUCGGAGAGGUCGGCCUAAUCGUCGAAAUGAUGGGUGGUAACGACGUUGUGAUAGGCGGCACAGUGCCCCAACUUAUAUCGAGCUGCCUUGCGACCUUAGACAUCUUCCUGCAGGAACAAUAUCCGGUGGUGUCCUCCAUGGUGGUAGCCGAGAAGCACAAACCCGCGGACGGCGACAGCAAGAUCGGUCUCUUAGAAACGGUAAUCAAUAUUCUCGGCAUCAAAGACGUGAACUCGGUGAAUUCUAGCACUAGUCUGGCUGAUGUGGGCAUGGAUUCGCUGAUGGCCACUGAGAUCAAACAAGUCUUGGAGAGGAAUUGCGACAUCAUAAUGUCGACACAGGAUAUUCGCGCCCUGACGAUCACCAAGCUGCGAGAAAUGUCCUCGGGAAAUACCGAAGCCGUUGCCAAGGAAUCUUCCGUCGCUGCGAAUCCGAACUCGAGCGCGUCUCUUGCCGAUUCUGCUAACGACAUGUUACUGAUGCAAUGGCCGAGCGAUGAACUGUUGCCCAAGGAAGCCUUGGUGCGCCUGAAGACUAGGAGCUCGAAAGGACCGGCGUUAUUCAUUGUUCACGCGAUCGAAGGUCUCACAAAUUCAUUCAAGCACAUGGCCAAAGAGCUGGAUAGACCGUUGUGGGGUCUGCAGAGCAUCGAAUCAGCGCCUCACGACACGGUACCAGAGCUGGCCGAAUUUUACAUAGACAAUAUCAAGAAAGUUCAGCAGAAGGGACCGUACAACCUGGCCGGGUACUCGUUCGGCACGUGUAUCGCCCUCGAGAUGGCCCUGCAACUAGAGUCCGCCGGCGAGAAGGUUGCAUUGACGCUGAUCGAUGGCUCACCGAUGUAUGUCCAACAACAUGUGGAAGUGAUCGGCAAGAUAGAUAUGAACGACGACUUUACCUCGGACAGCUGUAUGAAGGCGUUGGCAUACUUCAGCAUACAAUUGAACAAGAACGUUACUUUCAAUCAGGCAUACAAAAUCCUGAAGACGACGAAUACGGACGUGGACAUGUUUAAUAAAAUGGUAGAGAUCAUCGGCGACACGCAGUUCUCGAGCGAUGAUUUGAAGAUCGCCGGAUAUAAUUUGUUCAAGAAAUUGGCGGCUGGUACGAUCUAUAACCCUGGCAAGAAAUUCAACGGACCAAUCACAUUGAUCAAGGCCACGGAUAACUUUAUGUCUCUGGAAGAAGAUUACGGUCUGUCCAAGUCUUGCACGCAACCCAUACGAAUAGAAGAAGUGCGCGGUAAUCACAGGACGAUACUGUUGGGAGAGAGCGCGAAGAAGAUCGCAAACAUUCUGCAAGCGUAGUUCGAGCAACGUUCCGUUGUUGCAGAGCUCACAUGAAAUUUUCAUCAUCGGGGAUGUUCUACGCGUAGAGAUGCGCGUGAUAUCGAAGUAAAAUUUAGUGAUUGACUUUCUACUUGCGUAGAGAGAGACCUUCUCUGUAUAUUCCUUUCGUACUCCAGUAUCACCUUCUUCCUGUAUUCCGCGAGCAAAACCAGAUCGUACAAAAAUGGAAAACACGUAAAAUGAUAAGAGAAUGUAUAGCUUUUCUCGAUAGUAUUUUUAUGUUACCAUUAAUACAAGUUAUACAUUAUUUUAUACGUUAUUGUAGCUUAUAAGUUUAUGGGUUACUUGAAGAUCUUGUCUUAAGAUUAUAUAUUGUGUCUUCACGGUGAUUCCAGUAUGGCAGAGUUGAAUCUCUGUCGUUAAGUUUUCGUUUAUAUCUAUUUAUUUAAAUUAUCCUGAUAACUGAGAAAUCUGUCGUGUCUUUGUUCCAUUUAGUAAUAAAUCAACACCUUAGUUUUACGCGGACUAAUAUCGUUCUCUUUCUUAUUUCUCUUCAACCGUCUGAGAGAAAGCUCUCACUCUUUUUCGUCGUACGAUGGAAUUGUAAAUAAAGCAACGACGAAAUAGACCAAAGCGCAAAUA